AUGGCCUCGACGAAGCGCAAGGAGCAGCCGCUGCACUCGCUCGUCGCCGGCGCAUUCGCCGGCGCCGUCGAGGGCUUCGCCACCUAUCCGACCGAGUAUGUCAAGACGCAGGCGCAGUUCGCCGUCGCGGCGGGAAAGCGCCCGCCGGGCCUGCUCGACAUCGUCCGUGAGACGCUGGCGCGCAGCGGCGUGAGGGGAUUGUACUCGGGCUGCUCUGCACUCGUGGCAGGCAAUGCCGUCAAGGCGGGCGUGCGCUUCCUCUCCUACGACAGCAUCAAGCUGGCCGUGGCCGACAAGACGACUGGCCAAUUGACGCUGCCGCGCUCCGUGCUUGCCGGCCUGCUGGCUGGCCUCUGCGAGGGCGCACUGGCGGUCACGCCGUCAGAAGCCAUCAAGACACGGCUGAUUGAGGAUGGGCGCAAGCCGAAGGCGGAGCGGCUGUACAAGGGCCUCUUCUCCGGCUCCGUCGCCAUCGUGCGCGCCGAGGGUCUGCGCGGCAUCUACAAGGGCCUCGGCCCCACGAUGGCACGGCAAGGCGCCAACUCUGCCGUGCGCCUCACGACAUACUCGACGCUGCGUGGCCUGGCCACCAAGGACGGCCGCAAGACCAACGACAUCGAGACGUUUGGCAUGGGCGCUGUGGCGGGCAUUGUCACUGUUUACUGCACCAUGCCAUUCGACGUCGUCAAGACACGCAUGCAGUCGGCACAGUCGGCGCGCUACAGCAGCGCCUUCAACUGCGUCAGCACGGUGCUGCGCGAGGAGGGCGUGCUGCGCUUCUGGAAGGGCACGACGCCGCGCCUCACGCGCCUCAUCCUCAGCGGCGGCAUUGUGUUUACCAUCUACGAGAAGACGCUCGUGGCGCUCGAUGUGCUGGGCGGCAAGGCCAAGGAGACGGCAAAGGUGGUGGCGGACACGGUCAAGGAAUAGACAGAGUGCACAGGGCAGCGUGUGAGGCGUGGACACUGCCGGCACCGCCGGCGCGCUGCAUGCUGGCGCGGGCGGCCUCG